AGUUUCUUGAAAUCUUGGUUUUGGUUUAUUUUCGGGAAAUUUAUAUUUUCUUUCUUGAAAUGUUACAAAUUCAUAUUGUAUCUGCAUAGGUGAUAAAUCUGUGUACUUUUAGUACAAUUUCUAUUUAAAUUCCGGUACCUCUACCAUUUAACUUUUAUCUCUAUUGACAUAAUUCUAAAUAGGUUACAAAAUCAGUCUUCAAUAAAACUCGAAGAAAGUGAAAAUUUACUAUGAUGAUGCCACUAUUCAAUCGUCUAAAUGCAGCGCUACUGCAGCGGAUAUCCAUCAACUCAUACAGCACAGCAGUGGAGACGACCAUUGUGGCCAAACCGAAGACAGCUAUCAUCAUGCUGAACAUGGGUGGCCCGCAGACCACAGAUCAAGUGGGCGACUAUCUCCACAGAAUAAUGACAGACCGGGACAUGAUCCAACUCCCAGUCCAGAGCAGACUCGGCCCCUGGAUCGCCUCUAGACGGACGGAGGAGGUCAAGAAGAAGUACAACGAGAUUGGUGGCGGGUCACCUAUAUUGAAGUGGACUAAUACACAAGGCAGGCUGCUAACCAAAGCGCUGGACCAGAUGAUGCCCGAGACAGCCCCUCACAAACACUAUGUGGCCUUCAGAUAUGUGCCACCGUUUACGGAAGACGCUUUCACGGAGAUCGAGAGAGACGGCGUGGACCGGGCGGUGAUAUUUUCCCAGUACCCUCAGUACAGCUGUGCGACCACGGGCUCCAGUUUGAACGCUAUCGCGGACUUUUAUAAGAACAGACAAGUCCCCCCCAGCAUAAAGUUCAGUAUGAUAGAGCGGUGGCCCACGCAUCCUUUACUAGCGCGGGUGUUCGCCGACCGAAUAGCCGAGAAACUGGACAAGUUCGACGAUAGGAUCCGCGACGAUGUGCUUAUUAUGUUCACGGCGCACAGCUUGCCUUUGAAGGCAGUAUCGCGUGGAGACACAUACCCCCAUGAAGUAGCAGCGACUGUGGCAGCAACCAUGACGGAACUAAACGUACCCAACCCCCAUAGACUGGUGUGGCAGUCCAAAGUAGGGCCGCUACCGUGGCUGCAGCCUUAUACUGACGAUGCUAUUAAGGCAUACGCGAAGCAAGGCCGUAAGCACUUGAUCCUGGUGCCGAUAGCGUUCGUCAACGAGCACAUCGAAACGCUGCACGAAUUGGAUAUCGAAUACUGCGACGAAGUAGCUAAGGAGGCCGGUAUCACCCAAAUCGAGCGAGCGGCAGCACCAAACGACCACCCAACCUUCAUAGCGGCUUUGGCUGACGUCGUCGCAACGCACCUGAAGACUGGCCCGCCUGUCAACAGGCAGUUCCUUGCCAGGUGAGUCCCUAAAGACUGGCCC